CUCUUAUGUAUGUUGUUGUUGGUGGGCUGUGACAUCCUUGUAGACUGAGUUUGGGUGUUUUUACCCUCAAUUUGCAUAAUAAGAGAAGAAGAGGGCGGACUCCCUAUAAGUCCCGUGGUUUUUAUCCUUCACAUCGAAGGGGUUUUCCACGUAUAAAAAUCGUGUGUCGUUUGCAUCUUUAUUCUUCAUAUUUGGAUGUGGUUUAUUUGAUGUGUUGCUGAUUUUGUGUGCUUGGUUAAUCAAUUGUGGAAUGCACUUACCAUGGCAGAAUCUACUCGCAGAAUCGGUUUUGAAACACAUCCCUGACUCUGCACUCCAACGGGUUCAACCCCUCCUUCAGCGCGCCAAAGACGACCCUAACCUCGUCCACUAUUUUCCUCACCUCUCCCUCCUCCUCCUCACUCAGAGGAAAGCGACGAACAUAUUUCUCAAUCUCAUGAAUCUCAUUCUAAUAGCCCGCAAGCAUUUCUCCUGUCCUUCUUCUUUGCUGAGGCAGCAGAAGAAGCGCAUCUUGUACCGGAAGCCAAUUGUGACGCCGGUGCUUGGUUCUCAAAGAUCAGCUGGAAAUAACCUAAGCCAUACUAAAGGUCACAUAGGUUACUAUGUUACUGAUAAAGAGGCAGAUGAACCUGCUGUUUUUACUGGAGAUACUCUGAAAAUGGAUUGCGAUGCGGGAAAGGAACCUGGUGAAGGCGGUGAAAAGAGAAGUGGAUCCCCUGUUGUUGCCGACCCUGCCUCCAAGAAGCCCCGGAGUGAGCCUGUUGAAGAGUCCAUUGUAGAAACUGAAGAGCCCAUUGCUGAGAUUGAUAAAAAUUCAUUUGUAGAGAUUGGUGAAGAGCCUAAGAUCCAUUUUCGAGAUCUUGCUGGAAAGGAAGAUGAGCAUAUCAUUCAAACAAUAAAUGGAAUUGCAGAGAUUUAUAAACUUGUAGAGACUGAUGAAGACCCUAAGAUCCAAUUUCGGGUGUUUGAUGAAAAGGAGGGUGAACAUAUUAUUGAAAGAAUGGCAGAGAAUGAUAAGGAGUCAGUCGUAGAGCUUGUUGAAAAGCCGAUUGCAGAAGUUGAUGAAGCAUCCAUUAUAGUAGCGACCAAUGAAGAGCCUAAAGUCCAUUUUCGAAUGCUUGCAAAAAAGGGGAUGUGUGGUGCUCUUCAAAGAAUGCAUGAAAGGCUUAUCAUGGAACGAGGCCUAAGGUGGAUUCUUUAUAGAUUCAUGGUAGGCGAGGAUGAUGAAGAGAAGUUCAAGUCAUUAGUGGAGUCCUUGAAGGAUGAUUAUAAUGAGGAGAAGAACUCAUUGAUAGAGUAUUUUGAGGGUCCCCCAAAAUUUGUUAUGGUGGCUGUAGAGGCAAACACUUUAGACGCAAAGCGUGUUGCUGGUUAUCCAUCAUGUGACAAGAGCCAAGAAGAUAUGAUUGUUGAUGUAGUGGGAAAGCGUCAUGAUGUAUGUACGACACUUGUGGGGAUGAUUUUGUGUGUUUAUGAAGACUUCCGAUAUGACAAGAGGGGCGUGCAUUCCAUGGAAAUGAGGAUGCGCAAUCUCCCAUUUAGUGGAUUACCACAUGAAGUGUAUAUCUAUGGACGAAAGCAGAUGGUGAUGGGUUCAUAUGAAGAUGGAAAAGAGAAGAUGUCUCUUGAUUAUCUUUUCCUCGGCAAGCCAUUCCUUCUGGUGUUUUUUCCUCUGCAUUAUGCCCAACUCCUGACCCUUGAAGAAGGCAAGUUCAUAGACAGUAUUCGUGGUCCAUCGGUUGCUGACUAUGAAGUCACCCUAACAGAUUGUGGAAGCGGAUUAGUGAAGUUCAGCAUAUUUGGGAAGUCCAUGAGUGAAGUUAUAGAUGCUAUGAAAACGUUUGUGGAAAAGCUAAAAAGCAUGGGGGACAUCAAAGCAUUGGAGUUGGCUGCAAUUGUAGAAAAAGGUCAGUAUAAUGGCAUGGGUGGUAGUUACUUUGUUGGUUGUUGGCUGUCAGAUAAUGAAUAUGACGAUGACGAUGACGAGUGUUGGUGCUGAUUAAUGUGAAUCGGAUGGAUGCCUCCCACCGUAAUUUUUGCUUAGUAGUACUUUCUAAUAUUACGUUGCUUUACUCUAAGAUGGCGAGCAUGCACAUUAUAUGUGCCUCCUACAACAAUUUUUGCUUAGUAGUACUUUUUAUUAUGGUGUUGCUUUACUCUAAGAUGGCGAGCAUGCACAUUAUGUGUGAUGCCUCCCACCAUAAUUUUUGGUUAGCAGUAUAUACUUUCUAGUAUGAUGUUGAUUUAUCUAAUAUGGCAAGCAUGCAUAUUAUAUGUGAUGCCUCCCACCAUAAAGUAAUACUUUCUAA